AUGUCUUCAUUACAUAUCUCAAUUCUUUGUACUUUAUUGACAAUUAUAUUUGCCGAUAAUAAUAAAACAUUUUAUUUUACAAAAUCCAAUUAUGACUUAUGGUGUCAAGAAAAUAUUUUAUCGAAUUCAUUAUUUCUUUAUUCAAAUCGAAUACCAAUCGGAAUCUAUCGUACAUCAAAUAUAAAAUCUGUUACUUAUCAACUUAUCGAUGAUAAUAAUAAUGGUUUAUUUGAAAUAAAAAGCAAACGUUUAGCUGAUUUUUAUUUUCUUAUUAUUAAUAUAACACGUCCAUUUGAUAUUAAUCGUGAAUAUCAAGAUGUUUAUAAACUACGUAUUCAGGCAAAUAUUGUAACGACACAAGAAAAUCAAAGUGAACAGACAGAAGUUCGUCUACAUGUUGCUGAUUCAAAUGAUAAUGAUGGAGUAUUUGAUAUGGAUAUCUACGAACAAAAUUUUACUCAACCUAUCGAAAUUGCUCAACCACUCUUACGUCUUCAUGCUAGUGAUGCUGAUGAAAUUCAACAUGCACAAAUUUUUUAUGAAUUAGCAUCAUCAUUAAAUGAAACAUUUUCUCUUCAUCCAUUUACUGGUGAUUUAUAUAUAACCACAAAAGAAAAUUUAAAAUCAACUUAUGAAUUUGAUGUCUAUGCUUAUGAUCGUUAUCAAAAACGUCUUGUUGAUAAUAAUAUGAAAACUAAAACACAUGUUAAAUUACAUUUUAAUCAAACGAAAUUUCAAUUGGAAAAAUUUCAAACAUUAUCUAAUCAAACAAUUGAAUAUCGUGAACUUAUAUCAUCCUAUGAUAUACAUAUAUAUGAAAGAAAAACAUUUCAUUUAUUAAAUAUUCAUCAACCAAUAUUAACUAUUGAUAUAAAACCAAAUGAAAAAUCUUAUGAAAUAUUUUUCUUAUUGAAUUCAUCGUUAAAUACACAAAAUUUAUUUCUUAAUCAAAAUAAUAUUUAUUUGAAUAAAUAUCUUAUUGAAGAAUAUAAUCUACAAUUAAUGAUAUGUUUUAAUAAUUACAAUCAAUGUCAAUAUACAAAUUAUCGUUUAAUACCAUUAAUUGAUUUUAAUUUUUAUAAUUUUCAUUUUAAAUCAAUUGAAAAUAUUUAUCUAGAUGAUAAUUUACCUGUUGAUUCAUUUAUAACACAUAUUCAACUGGAUUAUAAAAAUCUUUAUCAAGAACAAUCGUUAAUAAUUAAUUAUAAAUUAUUAAAUGAUGAAAAAGAUUUUCGAUUUUAUUUGGAUUCAAAAACGGGUAUUUUACGUCUCGCGGAACGUUUAGAAUAUCGAAAUUAUUCGCUUGAUAUACAAGCAAAUAUACAAUUAUUUAAUCGGAAAUAUUCGAUUGAAACAACGGUUAAUAUUAAUGUUAAAGAAAUCAAUAAACAUCGACCAAUAUUUCGAAAUAAUACAUCAAAUGAAUUAGUUCAAUUACCUUAUCAAUUUCAAGCAUUUGAUUUAGAUCAAAAUAAACAAACAAAUGGACGUAUAACAUAUCGUUUAUGGAAUUGUGAAACUUCUUGUCCAUUUAGUAUUGAUCCAAAUAAUGGAACAUUAAUUUUAGUUAAUAAAGAAGAUUUUAUUAAAAAUAAGAUUUAUAAUUUACAAAUUAUUGCUUUUGAUUGGGGUCAACCAAUAAGUUUGGAAAGUAGUAUUGAUAUUCGUGUGAAUUUAUCACCAAGAUUCAAUAGAAGAGAUUUAGGAAGAACAAGAGCAUAUUCAAGAAGAUGGAGAAAAAAAAUAACAGCAAACUUAUUAACAACGACAAUGAAUACAAUGGUUACAGAAAAAAGUUCAUAUACAACAAAUCUACCGUUAAAUAUCGAUACAAUCAAUUUAAAUAUUGGUUUUCGUGAAAAUUUUACUUCAUAUUAUUUAUCUGAAGAUACCGAAAUCAAUCACAUAAUUGAUUAUUUAAAAAUUGAAUAUGAUUCAUUUCCUAUAAAUAUAAAUAAUGACCAAGACAAUCUUUUUUUCUAUACAAUUAAUGAUACAAAUGUACCAUUUACAAUUGAUCAAAAUACUAAAUCAUUAAAAUUAAUCGAUAAAAUUGAUCGUGAAAAACAAGAUAAAUAUAUAUUCGAAAUCGAAUUAAAAUUAAAAUCCAUUUAUUCAAUAAAAUUACAAGAACAAUAUUCUUGUCAAAAAACAAAUAUCUCAAUGAUUAAUUUUCAAUAUACAAAAAAUUAUUAUCAAAAAAUUUUAAUUAUUAUUCAUAUUAACGAUAUUAAUGAUAAUAUUCCAAUAUGUUCAAAUUUUCAUGCAAAUAUUCAAUUGAAUGAAAAUGAAUUACGAAAAAAUAUUUUUCAAAUACAAGCUUAUGAUCUUGAUUUAGGUGAAAAUGGAACAAUAAGUUAUUCUUUAUUUGAUUAUAAUCAAUAUUUUUUUAUAAAUUCCUCAACUGGACAAAUUGAUUGUAUUAAAUCAAUUGAUUAUGAAGAAUACUCUUUUAUUGAAUUACAUAUAAUUGCAUCAGAUCAUGGUAUUCAACCAAAAUUUCAAUCAAUCUGUACAACCCUACAUAUUCAAAUCAAUGAUAUAAAUGAUAAUACUCCACAAUUUUUUUCAAUGAAUUAUAUUUUUAAUGUUUUUUUCGAUAUGCCACGUUAUUCAAUAUUUGGACAAAUUUAUGCAUUUGAUUCAGAUAGAAAUAAUCAAUUGAUUUAUUCACUUAGCCCAAAUCCAUAUAUAAUAAUAAAUAAACAUACAGGUUAUCUUCGUUUAAAACAUAAUUUACAUCGUUUAAUUGAUCAAAUUCUUAAUGUAACAGUUGAAGUUACGGAUGGUUUAUAUAAAAAUACAACAACAGUUCAUAUUUAUGUUAAAUCAUUUCCUGAUGCACAACAGCCAAUACUUUUAGCUGAACCAGGAUAUGGUUUAACAAUAAAUGAAUCGUUAAAUGUAGGAUCGGUAGUGACAAAUAUUUAUCGUCGAUUACAAAUAAUUGCAUCAACAAUUGAUUUCAUUGAAAUAAUUCAUGAUGAAAUGAAUUUACCAUUUUCAAUUGAUCAACUAGGUUAUCUUCGUCUAACUCAUCCUUUAAUCGGUUUAUCAAAAUCAUCAUAUUGGCUUGCAAUACGUCUAACACGCUAUCGUGCUCAUCCACCGCAUACAUUUGUUCAUAUUCAUCUAUCAAUUCGACAAGAAAAUUUUUAUCUUCCACAAUGUGUCAAUAUUUAUCAAAAUGUCAAAGUAUAUGAUUAUUCAACUCAACAUCCAUUUGCUCGUGUUGAAGCUAUAUCAUUAAAUAAAAAUUCACUUCUUCAAUAUUCAAUUAAUGAUAAUGAUCAAUAUGAAAAAAUCUUUUCCAUUGAUCAACGAACUGGUUUUCUUAAUUUAUUACCAUCAGUUUCAAAUAAUCGUCGAUUAAAAUCAGAUUAUCUUUUAGCAGUAAAAACAUUCGAUAUUCAAUAUAAAUUUUCUGUUAACUGUUAUGUUAAUAUUCAUCUUAUUCGUCGACGUCAAUUAAUACCAAAAUUUAUUUAUUCACCAAAUUAUAAUAUUAAUUCGUAUGAAAUUGAACGGAAUAGUGGAAGAUUAAGACAACGUUUAUUUCAAAUUAUUGCAUUAUUAGAUAAUAAAGUUUAUGAUAAAAAACUUGAAAUACGAUAUCGAAUUGCUGAUACAAAUCAACAUUUUAUUAUUAAUCGACAAACAGGAUAUGUUGCUGCGAAACAACCAUUAAAAGCUUAUACAACAUAUGAAUUUAAUGUUGAAGCAUUUACUGUUGCACAUCGUGAUGAUAUAUUAUCAGAUGGAAAUGAAAAUGAAGAUGACGAACAACAUACUAAUCGAGGUAAAUGGCGUAUAGUUUCAUCUCGUGUAUCAUUACCGAUAAAAAUUCAAAUUUUACCAAUGAUAUCUGCCAAUCAAUCAUUAUCACCUACAAUUGAUUCAACAAUAAAUACAGAUUUACUGACAACAACUGAAGUUGGUUCAACAAUUUUACAACUUGGAAUAAAUAAUCGAUUGAAUAAUACUCAAUGGUUUGUUAUGAUUGGACAUAUACGUAAUACACGAUAUUUUCAUGUGGAUUUUCAAACUGGUCAAUUGAUUCUUAUUCGUCCUAUUGUUGAACUACUAAAUCAAACCAAUAUAAUUGAACUUCAUAUUAAUGUAACAAAUGAUUGGAUUAAUAUGAAUACAAUUAAAGUUAUUAUACGAAUUAUAAAUAAUCAAAUUCCAUCAAUUGAAUUUCCUCAAAAUGAUUAUUAUACAUCUAUAUCAAAAAAUAUUCCACUUGGUGCCGAAAUAGCACGUUUAACAAUUGAUAAUUCAGUUAAUGAUUGUACAUAUUCGAUCGAUACAGUUGAAAAAAUCAAAUCAAAAGAUUUAUUUCGUAUUGAUUCAUUUUCAGGUUCCGUAACUGUUAUUAAUUCAUUAGAAAAUUCUUCAAGUCAAACACAUUUAUUAACAAUUAUUUAUCGUUGUCAACAUAAUUAUCAUAUAGCACAUACAAAUUUACAUAUUCAAAUACUUGAUGAAAAGAAUUUAUUAAAUAAAACAACGAAUUCAUAUAGAUUUAGUCAAGACAAUUAUUUAAUUAUAUUUGAAACAUCAUUAAUUAAAAAUCGAAGAAAAUAUUUAAUGAAUUUUGAAUUGAUUAGUAAUGAUGAUGAAGAAAAACGAAGAAUACCGAAUGCAAAAAUUCUACAAGGUGAUCCAUUAGGUUUAUUUUCAAUCGAUUCAUCUAAUCAAUCCCUUAUUUUUCUUGAUGAAUCACUUGCUCGGUCAUAUACUUAUCCAUUAAAUUUAACUAUUAUCGAUGUAUCACAAAUGGAUACAAUUACUUCUAUUGUAACAAUAUUUAUAUCUAAUAUUGGUAUUUAUUUUCCAUGCCCAUCAUAUGUUAAAACAUCUCCAUAUCUUUUUACAUAUGAAUCUUUACCUUUGAAAAGUAUUGAUCCACUUACUGGUCAACAAUAUAAAUCAUAUAAUUCCUUAAUUGUUCGUGCCUUUGAUCCAUUUACACCGAUUAAUGGUGAAGCAUCAAAUCUUGCUGAAUGUAUUAUUGAUAAUGAUAAUAAUAUUUCUCAAAAUCUUUCAAUAAAAAAUCUUGAUUUUAUAUUUGAAAAUGAAAAUUAUUUUGGUUAUAUAAAUGAUUCAUUUGGUUCAUCAUCAUUUAUAUAUACUGAUCAACAAACUCCAUUACAUAUUCAAUUAAAAACUUCAUUUAAUCUACUUGAUACAACUUAUCAUUUAUUAAAUGAAACACAUCGUAAUUAUUUCCAAUUAGAUGAAUAUGCUGGUUUAAUGAAAUAUAAUUCAUUAGAAAAUUUACAAAAUAAAUAUUCAUUUCUUAUUUAUGCAAAAUAUCAAUCUUUAAUAACAUUUACACGUAUAAAUCUUUUUAUUAAUCAUAAAGUUAUAUUAAAAAAACCUACAUAUCAAUCUAUAUAUGAAUUUAAAUUAUAUACACCAUUUGUAAAUAAUUCUACAAUUGGAUAUAUCAAUAUAUCAAAUAAAAAUUUAACAAUUUUAAAUGAAAAUAUUUUACCUAUGAUAUCAAUUGAUGGGUUAGGUAGAUUAUUUAUUAAAAAUCGAACAUUAAUAUUAACAAGUGGAAAUUUUUAUGAUUUUCUUAUGCAAGAUGAAGAUUUAAAAAUUAUUCGAAUACAACUUCUUGUUAUAAAUGAUUUAAAUCAAAUAUCUGAAUGUAUAUUAAAUCGUUUGGAUUAUUCUAUUGAUCAACAAUUCAUUGGAUUUGUUAAUAUAAUAAAUAGAAAUCGAACAAAUAUAAAUUGUUAUCAAUCAAUAAAUCAAUCAUUUUAUCUUUUAAAUUAUAAUGAAUUAUUUUUACUUGAUCGUCAACAUGGUUUAUUAUAUUAUCGAAAUCCAAAUCAAACUAUUAAUGAAGAUGUAGUACUUCUAAUUCAAACGGAUAAUUCAAAAUGUUUAAUUACAUUUGAAAAACCAAUAUCAAAUAUUUCUUAUAUAAUGAUUAGAAAUGGAAGUCAAUUACAAAUAGAUUUGAACGAAAAAUAUAAUAUUCAAAAGUCUUCCGGUCAAUUAAAAUUAAUUAACGGUACAUUAUUUAAUUACGAUAUAAUUCCAUUUCAAUCACCAAUAUUUUCUCAAAAAUCUUAUGAUUUCUCUCUAAAUCUAACAAAUCCUAUUAAUCAUUCAAUAUUCAUUGGCCAAAUAUCAGCAGAACCAUUUGAUAAAAAUCGUAGUCAUGUUGUUUAUCAAUUUCUUAAUCGGAAUAAAUAUUAUCUUAUUAAUCCCGAUAAUGGUAUUAUUGAAUAUAUAUCCAAUGAAUAUUAUAAUAAAACAUUAGAACAAUUUCAAAUCCUUGCACGUGAUUUAAUCUACGGACAAAAUACAACAAUUAAUAUAACAAUUCAUAUAAGAAAAUCUGAUGAAAUUUCAUUCUCAUCAUUAAUUUAUGAAAAAAACAUAUCAGAAAUUCUUCCACCUGGAUCAUUAAUUAUUCAAUCGAAUUUUUCUACAUUACGCGAUUAUAAUUCUAAUCUAUUUGAAAAAAAUCCUAUCACCGGAGAAAUUAUUUUAAUGAAUUAUUUAUCCGACAAAUUUUAUUCAUUUAAACUUCAAACAUUAAAACAAAUCUCAAUUAUUAAAUUAAUCGUCAAUGAUUAUAAUAGUCAUUAUCCUCAAUUUCAAAAUCCACCAAUAAAUCUAUCUUUAUCAGCAUCCCAAACAUUUAUUACAAAACUAUCUGCUAACGAUCUUGAUUUAAAUGAUAAUCGAAAUCUUAAAUAUUAUCUUCUUGAUAAAGAUCAAGAAAAAUAUUUUUCAAUUAAUUCAACAAAUGGAAUCAUUACAAUGAAUAAUUCCUCAUUAAAUAAAAAUUUUUAUCAAUUAAAUAUCGGCGUUAGUGAUGGAUUAUAUUUAACAAAAACAUAUUUUCAAAUACAAUUAAAUAAUUAUUCAAAAAAUUCUCCGAAAUUUUCUUCAAAUGAAUACAUAUUUCAAUAUGAUCAAACUAAAGAUGUAUUCGGACAAAUAAUUGCGUAUGAUUUAGAUAUUAACGAUCAAAUAUUCUAUGAUCUCUAUCUUCAACCACAUGGCGUUGAAAUAAAUAAAUCAUCAGGGUUAAUAAAAAUCCCUAAAACGUUAUUUCUUAAACCAAUUAUCGAAUUUUAUGCAUCAGCUACUGAUUUAUCUAAUCAAAUAGUUUAUACGAAAAUCAAACUUAUCUAUUCGAUUCAACCGAAAUUUAAUUCAAAUUUAUAUUUUAUAUCUUUAUUAACAUCGAAUAUGAUGAUCCCAUUGGAAAUAUUUCAAUUUGAUAUUGUUGAUUUAUUUAAUCAAUCGUUAAAAUCAGCUAAAUAUCAAUUAAAAAACCAAACCAAUUUAUUUGAAAUGAAUGACAAUAAAUUAAUCUUAAAAGAAUAUCUUCUUCCAACGGAUAAAUAUUAUUUGAAUGUAAAUGCUUAUUGGAAAAAUUUUAUUAUUCAAACAUCAAUACAAAUAAAUUUUGUGGAAAAAUUUAUUCAUUUGGAAAAGAAAUCUUAUGAAUUUCAAUUAGAAAAAUCUUCGUUAAAAAAAGAUUUUUUUAUUGAAAAAUUUUCAAUUGAAAAUAAUUUUCGGUUAAAAAUUUCUUCAACGCCGUUAACAAGAAAUGAUUGUCAUGAUAAUUUUUAUAUUAAAUCAAAUGAAUUAAUUUUUUCCAAUUUUCCAGUAUUAUCUGAUAUAUGUUUCUUUGAAUUACAUUUAACGGAUAAUACUAGUAUAUCAACAAGUCAAGUUAAAAUUUUAUUUAUGGAAUCAAAUAUUCAACCAAAAUUUUCAUCGAAAAUUUAUUAUUUUUAUGUCAAAAAUAAUGAUGAUUAUACAAAAAAUAUUUUUCGAGUUUUUGCUAAUAGUUCAAAUUCAAUUCGAUACAAAUUAGAAAAUAAUUCCUAUGGUUUAUUUAUAAAUUCAAAUGAUGGAACAUUAAAAUUUCAAUAUAAUCUAGAUUUUAUGAAAGAUAUUGAUCGAAUAUAUUUAAAUGUUUAUGCAAUUGAUGAUAAAAACAAUGUCAAUGAUACGGCUUUGAUUGAUAUAUCAUUUAAUGAAAGAAAACAAUUUGAAUUGCCAAAGAAUUAUUCACAAAUAGAAUUAUGUCCAAAUAUACCUAUCUUACUUUCUGAUCAAAGUUUACCUGGUAAGAAAAAUUUUGAAUAUAUGAAUUUGAUCUUAGAUUUAUAUGAAAUUAUCAUCGAGAAUAAAUCAACUAAACCCCCUCCCCUGUAA